UGGAAGAAGGAAGAGAAAAAGACUCCUUUAAAAAUGGCAAUGGUAUCAGAAUUCCUCAAGCAGGCCUGGUUUAUUGACAAUGAAGAACAGGACUAUAUUAACACCGUGAAAACAUACAAAGGAGGACCUGGAUCAGCAGUGAGUCCCUAUCCUGCCUUCAAUCCAUCCUCGGAUGUUGCUGCCUUGCACCAAGCAAUAAUGGUUAAAGGUGUGGAUGAAGCAACCAUCAUUGACAUUCUAACUAAGAGAAAUAACGCACAGCGCCAGCAGAUCAAAGCAGCAUACCUCCAGGAAAAAGGAAAGCCUCUAGAUGAAGUUUUGAAGAAGGCCCUUACAGGUCACCUUGAGGAAGUUGUGCUGGCUCUGCUAAAAACCCCAGCCCAGUUUGAUGCUGAUGAACUGCGUGCUGCCAUGAAGGGCCUUGGAACUGAUGAAGACACUCUGAUUGAAAUUUUGGCCUCAAGAAAUAACAAAGAAAUUAGAGAAAUUAACAGAGUCUACAGAGAGGAACUGAAGAGAGAUCUGGCCAAAGACAUUGCCUCCGAUACGUCUGGAGAUUUUCAGAAAGCGCUGCUUUCCCUUGCUAAGGGUGACCGUUCUGAAGAUUUUGGUGUGAACGAAGACUUGGCUGAUACGGAUGCCAGGGCUUUAUACGAAGCAGGAGAAAGGAGGAAGGGGACGGAUGUGAAUGUGUUCACUACCAUUCUCACCACCAGAAGCUAUCUCCAUCUUCGCAGAGUGUUUCAGAAAUACAGCAAGUACAGCCAGCACGACAUGAACAAAGUUCUGGACCUGGAGCUGAAAGGUGACAUUGAGAAAUGCCUCACAGCCAUCGUGCAGUGUGCCACAUGCAAACCAGCUUUCUUUGCUGAGAAGCUCUAUCAGGCCAUGAAGGGUGCUGGAACUCGCCAUAAGACAUUAAUCAGGAUCAUGGUUUCCCGUUCUGAAGUCGACAUGAAUGAUAUCAAAGCAUUCUAUCAGAAGAAGUAUGGUGUGUCUCUUUGCCAAGCCAUCCUGGAUGAAACCAAAGGAGACUAUGAAAAGAUCCUGGUGGCUCUUUGUGGAGGAAACUAACCAUACCUUUGAGGGUCUGAAAUAUUAUGAUCAGAAGACUUUCUAUUCAUAUCUUUUCAUUGUAUAACAUAGGCAGGUAUCUUUCUGAAAAAUAUAGCCUAUAAAUCAUUUUUAUCACAACUCUGUGUAAUAGAGAUAAGCUUGUUUUUUUUAGAAAAUAUGUUUACCCUGAUGAUAAAAUCUCAUAAAGAAGUUGUUCUAGUAACAUUGCCUGAGAAAACAGUUGUGUAGCUUAAAAUAAAAUGAUGUUAUA